AUGGACGACCACCCAGCUCACGCAAUGCCAGACAGCACUACUACCUACCAUCUCAUUGAGAAGCGACAAUCAGGGACCGAAUCGUUCGAGCUAAAGGUUCCAAUGAUUCUCCAGACCGGCACCGAGGUUCUAAUCGCCAGUCAAAGUGGUAUCAAAAUCGAAGUUCUGGAGGAAUCCCGGUGCUGUUGCUACGUUUGCACACACAAGGAACCCGCCCUACCGCACUGCUUAGUCUCCUCUAGCAAACCGAUCCGAAUCCUUACAGAGGAUGAGACGCGUAUAUCGCCAGUAGAGUCACUAGGGAUGGACUUUGCACAAGGCUGGAACAAACUCACAGACGAGUUAAGAAUCAAGAUCCUGGGGUACAACUUGACUCAACAAUGUAUCAUCACGCAAAGGGAGCCAGAGAAAAUCGAUCCACGAGGGUUCACCACUGAUUGUAUCCUUCACCAUCAUAUUGCUUUUGGCCCUGUAUUCGCAACCCUCGCAACACGGGUCUUCUACGAGACCAACACCAUUCGUCUGGACCACGCGCGUCUGCCUCCUCGAGCUACACGUCGAUACAUCAAGAGAGUCUUCGUUCCUGUCACAGUCCCGUCUACAAGCAGUUGGAGGACCUUGAAGACAUUGUCGGUGGCAGCGGCGGCGGCGAGUGGAUUUGCGGGAGUACGAUAUGUCACGAUCGAGUUUGAUAUGGAAGCUAUCGCUGAAGAAUUUGCGGAGAAUACGGAUCACUACAUGCAUAUGAGCCACAUCAGCCUUGGUUGCAAGGGAUCCUUGAGCUUUGAGUAUCGAGGCUCCCGCAGGUCAAGCGAAAUGCGGCAAUAUGAGCAGUUUGCUCGAGAACUCAUUGCGUUCACUGAGUGA